AUGGAGGAGCAGGUGCAGUUUUUGAAAGUAAAAGGCAUCCCUGCCGCAUACGCGGCACAAACCGAGGACAUCGAUGACCAGACCGUCGCCGAGGCCACCCGCAAGGCCCAGAUGAAGCCUGGGACUGAAGUACAUGCGGAGCCCCAGGGAGAGGCCCUGCUGGCCGGGCAGAGGGAGCAGCAGGAGGAGCCGGGUCUGGCCCUCUCCCCAGACGGCCCCGGGGCCAGUCCCGAACCGCCCACGCUCACACUCACACACACACACACGCUGAACGAGAACACCACAACGGAUACCCUGGCCUCAGACCUGCUCCGAAAACUAGCAGAGAGACAAGAAGUAAGCACCCACAGUAGGCGGGUCAAAGAGGAGGAGGAGCCAAUGGAAGAUGACCACGUGGCGACCUCUGACCUCAUCCUCCGUGCUGGGCCAGUGACAGAGGAGAUGCUUCCAUCCAACCCCAGAGGAGUGGACCCCAGUGUCCUCAGCCUAAAACUAGAAGGUCAGAGUCCCCCCGGGGCCGCCAUGGCUAACCGCGCUCUCCACAGUGAAGGGCGUGAGCUUGAGGGACCGUUUCAUUCUGGCACCAAGAUGGCCGACCACGCCUUUUUUGGAUCCAACGUGGCUGACAAGCUGCAGUUCCGGGUGAAGAUGGAGGAGCCCGAUCUUCCUGGACCCAAGAUGGCCGACCAGUGUCUGACGGCCGUCCUUUGGCAGGACAUGUCGGUCAACCUCGCCUCUGCCCUGCUGCACCAGCUCUCAGCAUCACUGUCCGAGCUGGGCCUGGACUACACCAGUCAUCACACCGCAGCACCUCCACAGAAACGAUGUCAUGUGUGCGGAUUUGAGACGGAGGGGCGGGGCCUGUUCGAGAGUCACAUGACUGAGCAUCGCAAAUGGGAGUGCAGCUCUUUCUCCCUGCACUGCUUCUUGUGUGACCACUCAACCAAUCAGGAGGCAGAAAUAAGGGCUCAUGUAGACACACACAUUCCUGGAGAUACCGGAGUCAGUGGGGAGAUGAGAUGUCAUGUCAGCCCCCCCGCCGCCGCCGCCAACACGGUCGUUGCCAUGGAGACCCAGCCAGCGAGCGCCGAGCAUCGCUGCCGCAUCUGCCAGAGGUCGUUUCCUGGGCAACAAGAGCUCCAGGUUCACUUCCAGGGUCAUCGGCAAGGCAACCAGUAUCGGUGCGACAGGUGCGGUCACCUGACCCGGACAGCCAAUAAGCUGGUGGAGCAUGUGCGCGUGCACACGGGGGAGCGGCCUUUCACCUGUGACCUUUGCCCCUACAGCGCCAAGCGCCGGGACAGCCUGCGGCUUCACUGCAAGCCGUUAGCUUGCAGCUGUUAGCUGGGGACGGACACCGACAGCAGCCGCUGGCCUCCUUGUCUCCGCUCCUCCCGGACGCUCUGCAGCUUCACCUUUCCCUGGAGGACAGUCAUGGCGUCGUUUCUGUUUCGUUGUGUAUUUACGAUGAAUUUGUGUUUACAUGACUGCACUCUCAAGAGUAAAGGUGGAAUGUCUCAAUUCUCAACUGCACUUAAGGUAGAUUUGAUUUCAGCAGAAUACAGACUGGUAUUGUAACCAUUAAAAAACACUUGAUGCCAAAUCUCCACACAUAUAUGAAGAG